UGCACCCAUAUCGCGGCGUUAGUCUCAUCCUCCUGUCCGCGCUCGGCGACCGCGCCGGCGUCCCACUAGCACGCAUCGCGCUCCUCGGCCACCAUGGCCGUGCUGGAGAUCCUGGCCGCCGCGGCGGCCCUCACCCUCCUGCUCUACUACUACAUGACGAGCACGGCCGACUUCUUCGCCAAGCGGGACAUCCCGCACCUGCCGCAGACGCCCCUCGUCGGCAGCUCGCUCGACGCCCUCCUGUCCAGGAGGUUCCGCGGCCAGGUGUGGCGCGAGUGGUACGACCACGCCAAGGCCCACGGUCACAAGUUUUACGGGGUGUUCGUCGGGCGGCGGCCCACGCUCUUCGUCUGCGACGUGGACAUGGUCAAGACCAUCCUGGUCAAGGACUUCCAGCACGUCAUGGAUCGCGGGACGUACUACGACCGCAAGCGCGAACCCCUCAGCGCCAACCUCUUCAACAUCGGGGGUGGGGAAUGGAAGGCACUUCGCAGCAAGCUGACGCCCACGUUCACCUCCGGCAAGAUGAAGUCCAUGUUCUACUUGGUGCGGGCGUGCACGGACGAGCUCGAGCGCUACCUGGGCGCCGAGGUGCUCAAGGGCGGCGAUGUCGAGAUGGCCGAGGUCAUGGGUAAGUUCUCCACGGACGUGAUCGCGUCCUGCGCCUUCGGCGUCGAGGCCAACGCCCUGAAGGACCCCGACUCGGAGUUCCGGAGCAUGGGCAGGAAGGUGGUCGAGGUCGACCCACUCCGCGCCAUCGUCAAUAUGGUCGCGGAGACGAUGCCCUGGCUGCGCCCGCUCCUCCCCAUGCCUCUGCUCAGACCCGACGUCAAGGACUUCUUCAUACGCACGUUCAACGAGAACGUCGAGUACCGUGAGCGGCAGAAGGUGGCGCGGCACGACUUCAUCGACCUGCUGAUCCAGCUCAAGAACGACAAGACGGCCGGCCUCGAGGACGCCGUCCUGCCCGCGCAGGCCUUCGUCUUCUACCUGGCGGGCUUCGAGACGUCCUCCGCCGCGACCAGCACCUGCCUCGUGGAGCUGGCCCACCACCCGGACAUCCAGGAGCGGCUGCGGGACGAGGUGGAUCGCGUGCUGGCCAAGCACGGCGGCAUCACGUACGAGGCCCUGCACGAUAUGACGUACAUGGAGCAGUGCAUCGAGGAGACCAUGCGGCUGUACCCGGCGCUGGCCGGGCUGCCGCGCGUGGUGACGCGCGACUACCAGCUGCCCGGCGAGAGCCCCAGGGCGGUGCUGCCGGCCGGCACGCGCGUCAUCAUCCCCACGUACGCCAUCCACUGCGACCCCGAGUUCUACCCCGACCCGAUGCGCUUCGACCCGGAGCGCUUCACCGAGGAGAACAAGCGGAGCCGCCCGCACUAUGCCUACCUGCCGUUCGGCGAAGGUCCGAGGAUAUGCAUCGGCCUCCGCUUCGCCAUGAUGCAGAUGAAGACGUCUCUCGCAAUGAUCCUCAGUUCGUACCGAGUCUUCCCGAGCCCGAAGUCGGUGUACCCCGCGCGGUUCGAGCCAAAGACUUUCGUCACUAAACUGAAGGGCGGAAACCGUCUCAAGAUUACCAAGCGGUAAAACGCCGCCAGCAUGAAGUCUGCCAUGACAGAAGUAGCACAAGACACUCGGCAGCUAUUCGCUCGACCGGCUUGACAUUUAAUUUAAGCAGGCGAUUAAUUCGUCAAUUGUAUACAUCUUUGUUAUUAUAAUAACCUAAUGUGGUGUUGAAUUA